UUACGCAUUUAUAUCUUCUGCAACCUUUAAUUUUCAUCCCCUCGUUUCCAGCAGCAGUAGCAGAAAAAGAAGAAGAAGAAGAAGAAGAAGGUGUCAAAGAUGAAGAGAAGAGACAACUACUCAAAGCAACAGCCUCACUACCACCACACACGCCAAUUCCCGUCCUCCUCCAACAACCCCAACAUGGCUACCCAAUACAACACCAACACCAAUUACUAUAACCCUUCUUCUUCUUCUUCUUCACUCACUGCCACAUACUGGAUCACAGUUGGUGGCAGGUCCAUCUACACCACUGUAACCAGCGAUCCCCUCGUCGUCGACCGGUGGGUCGGGGAUGUCACGGCGAGGACUUACCGGAAAGGCCUUGUUGUGGGCCUCGACUGCGAGUGGAGGCCUAGCUUCACCAAGGGCCGCACCAACAAGGUUGGACUCAUCCAGCUCUGUGUCGGCUCUAAGUGCCUCACAGUCCAGCUUCUCUACACCACCAAUCGCCAUUGUGGCCUCCUCAGCUUUCUUUUGGAUCCUACCAUCAAUUUUGUCGGCGUUGGGAUCGACGGCGAUGCCCGGAAGCUGGUCUAUGAUCACGGCAUCAGAGUCGGCGGCCGCCGGUAUGACUUGGCUGAAUUGGCAGCCAGUAGGCUGCACAGAAAGGAGCUCAGGAAGCAGGGGCUGAAGGGACUCGCCCGGGAGAUUCUCGGGAUUGAUAUGCUCAAGCCGAAGACGAUCACCUUGAGCAACUGGUCGGCGAUGUACCUCAGUGAUGAGCAGAUUGAGUAUGCUUGCAUCGACGCGUACGUCUCCUUCUCGAUCGGGAUGAAGCUGUUGGGAAGAUGGAGAUGAAGAUGAUGAUCCACUUAGAAGAUGGUGAAGGAGAAAGCUUCAGUGGGCUGCAGUGGAAGACUAUGGAGAUGGGUAGGAGUAUAAACCAUUCAGAAGAUUAAUCAUGCUUCAAUCUUGCCUUCAUGAAAUUCGGCUUAGUUGGGUUCUAUGUAAUCAGAUUCUGAUUCGGACUCUGUUUUCUAAAAUUAAAUUCAGAUCUGAUUAGUGUGAGACCUACCAGUUAUAUGUAAUUGGGUCCGAUCUUUAGUGGAUUCCAAAUUUAAUCCCCUGUAGAUGGGAAUCUUGAUUUGCUCUGGGAGA